AAUAAUAGGUGGGAAUUAGGGUUUUUCUCAUGUAAAAGGACGAAACAAAGGCAACAGAAGAUCUAGUUUCAGGUUGCAAGAGCAUAGCAGUGGUAGGGAAAACGGCAACCCCUUAGAAGACAAAAGCCAUGGUUCACGUUUCCUUUUACAGAAAUUAUGGGAAGACGUUCAAGAAGCCGCGUCGUCCGUACGAGAAGGAGCGUCUGGACGCGGAGCUGAAGCUGGUCGGAGAGUACGGGCUACGGUGCAAGAGGGAGCUGUGGAGGGUGCAGUACGCCCUCAGCCGCAUCCGCAACAACGCGCGUAACCUCCUCACUCUCGACGAGAAGAACCCGCGCCGGAUCUUUGAGGGAGAGGCUCUCCUCCGCCGCAUGUUCCGCUACGGUCUCCUCGAUGAGACCCAGAACAAACUCGAUUACGUCCUCGCACUCACUGUCGAGAACUUCCUCGAGCGCCGCCUCCAGACCCUCGUCUUCAAGUCUGGCAUGGCCAAGUCCAUCCACCAUGCUAGGGUUCUCAUCAAGCAGAGACACAUCAGGGUUGGUAGGCAAGUGGUGAACAUCCCAUCUUUCUUGGUGAGGGUUGACUCACAGAAGCACAUUGACUUUUCACUUACAAGUCCCCUGGGUGGAGGACGCCCUGGAAGAGUGAAAAGAAGGAACCAAAGGGCUGCUGCUAAGAAGGCCGCAGGUGGAGAUGGAGAUGAAGAAGAUGAGGAUUAGACUAUUAAUUAUGUCCAUCUCCACUGCAUUUACCCAUUGUGUCACCUUUUACUUUACGAGCCUAGAUUAUGGUUUUUGAUUGUUAUACAUUUUCAUUCUCGGUUCCUUGUUUGGGAAAACAUUUUGUUUGACAUAUUAUGUUUUUUGAAGUUAUAUAUUUUAAUGUAUCAAGAUUUUCAUUAAA